GACGAGAGAGUGGCUUAUGCAGCGAAGCCUGGUGAUACUCUAGGACUAUGUGUAAAGGUCAUGGUUUCUGGAGAGACGGAAUUUCGAGAGCUUUUGUACAACAGCAAUGUUAUUCGGACUAAUGAGGUGAUGGACGCGGUGAAGGGACAGCAAAUCGAGAACUUUUCUCUGUGGCCCGAUGUCAUGAGCAGCUGGAGGUGGGAGCUCUCACCAGAUAGAGGUUGGCUGCUCACAUGUGUCAGGUGGAGAUUCCUUCUUAAGAAAAUUUUUCCAGAGCUUGGGAAUGAGUUACUUUCUCUGGUUGCAAGAGGGCAUUCAUUUCACUGAGGACAAAAAUCACUAUUGCCUUGCAGCCGCCGUCUUCUUUUUCUGGACGCCAGCUGGCGCAUGUAGUAAAUGCAGCGGCUGCCU